AUGACGAGGGGGAACUGUGCUGCGCAACCCUCUGGCGGAUUUGCUGCUGGCCCCGCAGGAGCCUUCUGGCGGCGCCUCUGCUGCUGCUGCUGCUGCUGCUGCUGCUGCUGCUGCUGUCAACUCGUUCAACCCGUGGGCAGCAGCGCAGCGACAGCGCGAAGUCGACGAGCGGCUGCUGCUGCAGGCAGACCUGGUGAGCUGCAGCAGCAAAAACACUGCUUGUGCUGCUGCUGGUCUAGUUAA